CUAAAAAGCAGUAUGCGGCUGUGCCUAGUUCUCCGGUCCAAAAGCAACAGCGGACAAGCAGCGCGGGGACGUGGACCUCUCGAGCCAGGAGGGUGCAGUGGUGGUUGAACGAGGAUGUUGUGAUGUCCGGGAUAGUCUUAGGUCAACGCGAUCGUAUGUGCUACGCCUCUCGAGUGCCGGCCCAUUCCCCUCUCCGCUACGUGAAGGCUAGGUCUGGUGCCGGUUCCAUGAGACUAACGUGCAAAUAGAAUGGCUCAUUGGACUUCUCUGGAUGGCCUGGCUCCUACUUCUUUGUGUGCAGGAAACCGGACAGGGUAAGAUGCUGGACCGGCCUGCCCUUGAACAGUACGAUGAAGACACGCCUUGACUGACCUCUUCAGAUUACCUGCACCUGACCAAAAGAUUCGGCGCCAUUGCCGUCUCGCAGUGGCCCCUCCAGUAUCUCUUGGCGCUCAAGUCCUUGAACCCGGUCGCCUACCUCCUCCGAUCCUCUCACGAGCAAGUCAACCGUUGGCACAGGGUCAUGGCGAGGGUCACCACCACGCUGUUAUGUCUUCAUGCUGCCCUGUACUUGAACUUCUUCGUCCAGACUGGCCGUCUUCACCGCCUGGGCGAUCCUGUGGUUCUCUCCGGCGUCAUGGCCUUCGGUGGCUUACUCCUACUCGUCUCAGCAGCCCUCCGGCCCGUCCGUCGUUUUUCAUACCGGCUAUUCUUCAUCAUCCACGUAAUUGCCGGAAUCAUUGUGCCACUCCAGCUCCUGAUCCACGCUGCCCCGGCUAGGAUGUUCCUGUUUGAGGCCCUCGCGGUCUUCUUCCUCGACCUAGCCUCUCGAAAGCUCGACACGGUGACGGGUUACGCAACAGUGGAAUCCAUUUCGGACACCAAUCUUGUCAGAAUCUCGACCACUGUUCCUCGCUCCAAAGUCAGCCGCUAUCGCACUCGUCCCGGUUCCCACAUCUACCUAAGCAUCCCGGCUGCAGCUUGCAAGGCGAUGGGCGCCGCCUCUGCGUCACGUCUCCUCUAUGGAUUUCUCUUCAACCCCUUCACGGUGGCUUCCGUGGACGAGAAGAACGGCGAGGUGACUCUGGUUGCGCGCCAUUGUGGUGGGCCAAUGACUACAGCUUUGAGGCGGCUCGCGCGAGCAACGAAACCGAGGAAUCCCGACAGAAGCACAGACGAGGACAAGGUGCUGCUGUCGAUUGAAGGCCCUUACGGGGCUGCUGGCCGCCUUUCUCAGUUAUGUGCAGAUUUUGACCGGGUUCUGCUUGUUGCCGGCGGCAUCGGAGCAACCUUCACUCUCCCGCUAUACCGCGCCAUACUCGAGAAUAACCCGGGUGCGAAGGUAGAGAUGGUGUGGGCGAUCCGCAGCGCGGGCGAUGCCACCUGGGCCGCGACGGGGAAGGAAGCCCAGACUCUCAUCAAGGACGACAAUAUCCACCUCUUCAUCACCGGCGAGACCUCUGCCGCGGGGGGAGCCGAGGCUCGGAGGCAAACAAGCGCCAUUAGCCGCACCAAUGGGGAAGCGGACGGCGAGGUAGAAUUGAUUGCCAUGUACAGUGAUGGUCGCCGCGGGCGGUACGCAUCCCAAAACAACAGAAAGCGUCCUGACCUCCAGAAGAUCGUCGACAACCUAUUCAAACAUGGCCAGGAUGAGCGCGUGGCGGUGCUAGUGUGCGGCCCCGACGACAUGGCCAGGGAGCUGAGGGCGCACCUUGGCGUCUGGGUCAAGAAGGGACGGUCAAUCUGGUAUCAUAAGGAGGGUUUUGGCUUCUAGAGAGCGUAAACGUUAGUCAUACAUCCCCUACCAUGGGGAGCGCCCAACCAAGGUCGCCUCAUAUCCAUGCAAGCGGCUUCAUACUAUCAUACCCGCUGUUCCCCAUACAUGGCGUUCCCCAUACAUGGCUAUGCCCAGCAACGCAAACACCGCUUUCCCAGAUCCCAGCCAACCCAAAGCCGAGAAAAAAAAUAUA